AUGCAUAUAUCUCGGCAUGCCAUUCGUCUAAAGAACCAAGAACACGAUUAUUACGUCCCUAUCUGUUUGCCAUCAUGCGGUUCAAAGUUGCCGCACGUAGUUAGUUCUAAUGCGCUCUAUAAACACGUGUUUCGACGUCUAUUGGUCUUGAUCCGAAUCGACGAUUUCUUUAGAACACUUUCCAAACCAGACAUAGUGAACCCAGCACUGAUAAACCAGGAUGUACUGCAACCUCCGGAUUUGACGGUGAUAGUGCACACACUGCUCAACACCGUGUACCAAGACUUCCAGGAGAACACGGAAGGCGAGGAUUACCCGCUUCUUUAUCGACUAGACAAGACGGGCGACACUGGGAUGGAUCGCUUGGUCUCGAAUAACGGCGACAGCACCGCCGCCCAGGCAGGGGACACUGGCACCGUGGACCACACUGGCGCCGUGGACCAAACAGACCAAACGAUGACUAUAGAUGAGGAGGAGGCGAAGAAGAGUACGGAGGUUGACGAGCUUGUUGUCGGAAAAAAACGACGUCGCAGCAUUGGUCAGAGGGGCUCAAUGCUGUCCAGGCAGGGUCCUCCACCGGCGGCCUCGGAGCUCAUCACUAACUCGGACUCCGGAUCCGGCAUAGCCAGACCCAGCUUGACCAGGCCGAGUUUGGCUAAACUCAAAUAUUCUUCGACCGGGUUGCUUAGCGAGCGAAAGGGAGACAAGGAACGGGAAGAGACUUGGACGCGGAUAAUCUACAUUGAGUCUAUGGCCAGUGCCGUGCUCAAAAUCGGGUUCUCGAAUCACCCUUCCAGAAUGCAGUGGCUGCGAAAACAGGAAACCCGACUUUUCGCCAUCCGUCUGGGUCUUUGGUGGAUACAUAAUGUAAGCAACUCGACCGCUUUGACCGAACUACUCAAAGGCCUGGAAGCCCCUUACACCCUAGAAGGGAAUAAAACGGUCAAGAUGGAUAGCGGUAUUUGUUUAGACGGAGAGUUGACUUUGCCGACCUGGACUGUGUACCACAUGUUGAUUGAGCGUUUCGGUCACCACGAGGUGGCGUUAGACAAGAGUUUGGAUGCUGGUGGUGCCCGGAGUUUGCGGCUGAUCGGAACGUUGGAUGAUUCUUUGAAGGACGUGCUGAAGAAGCUAGAUAGCUACGAGCCUGAGUUCGCCUCGAAGAUGACCACUGCCGGUCCGGGUGAGGGAUUUAAACUGAGUCUCGCCAAGAUUGGCGAGGCAGUCCGGUACCUGCCACCAUGCAUGAACAGGCUCUUAUUCCACAUGAAGCAACAUCGCCACCUGCGUCAUUUCGGACGUCUGCAACUGUGGCCCUUCCUCCGCGACUGUGGCAUGUCCCUACCAGAACAGACCACUCUUCACAAACGCCUCUGGGCUGACCCCUCCAAAUUCGACAAAGAACACAUAUACACGUUGCGCCACAUCUACGGCCAAGAAGGCAAGAAGGAGGCCAAGUCGUGCUACGGCUGCAGCUACAUCGUGGGCAACCAAAUGCCGCGACCUCAGCAAGGCGACGCUCACGGCUGUCCCUUUAAAGAGCUCCCAGCGGACCAGCUCAACAAGGCGCUGGUGUCGUGUUAUGGCUUGAAGUCCACGGACAUUGAGGACGUCUCGAAAACACUUCAAUUGGAAGGACCCCAACUCGCCUGUCGGCGACUAUUCAAUUACGCCCACCCCGACAGGCCAGACGACGACAUUGGCAUCAAUCCUACGAACUUUUACGUCAAUUCUGUUCCCAGCGAAGGUCUUUGA